AUGUCGAAAGUCAACAAUGAAGAUGGUACCGAAGUCUCGAAGAGAGAUCGUCCUGAAGAUUCCGAGGAUACUGCCGAGCAAACUACCAAGAAAGCAAAGGUAGAAGAAUCCAAGGACGAAGCUGAGGCUAAGGACGCUCCAAACGACGAAGAGAAGAAGGAGGAAGCGAAUUCUGAGAAGAAUGGGGAGGGCGCAGAGGAAAAGACUGAGACUGUCAAGGAAGAGGACCCAACUCCUGCUCCAGCUCCAGCUCCAGUGCCUCAACCCGCAGCUUAUGCUCCAGCUGUAGUAGCAGCUCCCGCUGGUUUGCCAGCUCCCACUCAGCAAUCCUACGCCUUGCCGUCAGUCGCUGAUAAUCAAGUUAUUGAGGAACGUGGAGAAAUAUCGGCCUUGUACGUCGGCCGAGUUAUUGGCAAGGGUGGAGAGAUGAUUAGAGAUUUGCAAGCACGAUCCGCUUGUCGGAUUGAUGUGGAUCAGAAUGUUCCACCGGGUCAACCUCGCGUGAUUACCUACCAAGGAACAAAGAAGACUGUGGAUUUUGCCAAGCAUCUCGUGUAUCUUUUGUGUCAGGACAAUGGGUCCGAAGCGGAUCUUCCAUUAGGAGAGGCCAAGCGCGAGUAUCUUGUAGUUCCUGCGUCUUCUGUUGGAAAGAUUAUUGGCCGAGGUGGAGAGAUGAUUCGAGAUCUUCAGUCUCGUUCCCAAGCCAAGAUCCAGGUGGAUCACACUGGACACAGUGGUCUUGAUGUUUCUGAGAAACAAGUGACAAUUACGGGCACCGAAGUUGCUGUGCGAAAAGCAGUCGAAAUGGUGCUUUUCCUAGUUGCCAAUCCACUCAUGGAUGCCAUGCAAUCCAUCAACAUGCUAGCAGAGGAGAAGCUACGUACUGGCCAACAAUGGGGUUCAGGACCGCCCUAUCCAGGUCUACAGAACCAAGGCCAAAACAUGGAACCAGCUGCUGGAGGCUAUGGUGGGUACGAUCAGCAGCAAGGUUAUGGGGGAGCGCAAGCAGGAGCGUAUGGCGGCGGAGGUGGUGGGUACGGUGGUGCUGCUGCAGCUGCGGGUGCUGGCUAUGCCGGGGCGACACCAGCCUACCAACAGCAGUCCUCAGCCUAUGGGCAGUAUGGCGGUGGAGGUGGUGUCGAAAUCGAGAUGUUCUACGCGGCCAAGAACUUCAUGGGGAGAAUCAUUGGGCAAAAGGGUUGCACUAUCAACGAUCUCCAAAGAAGAAGUGCUUGCGACAUUCAAAUCAAUCAAGAUGUCGCGCCGGGACAGGAUUGCGAAAUCACAAUCAAGGGUUCUCGACAAGGAAUUGAAAUGGCAAAGCAAAUGCUUCGUGAGAUCAUUGAGAUUGGCCCAAACCACCCAUAUGCCGGUGGAAACUACUUUGCUGGAGGUCAACAACAAGGUGGUUAUGGCGGUGGUUAUCAACAACAAUCGCAAGGUGGUUACCAACAAGGUUAUGGUCAAGGAGGAAGUUACGGACAACAACAAGGAUACCAAGCUGGCGGCUAUGGUGGAUACCAAGCCAGUGCUUACGGACAACCGCAAGCAUCUCCAUAUGCUUCGUAUGGUGGAGCUCCUCAAGCUGCUGCACCCGUUGUAUCUGAUUGGAAAAGCGCGACAGCGCCAGAUGGACAGGUUUACUAUUACAAUCAACGAACAGGAGAGACUCAAUGGAACAAACCAAUUGGGAUGCCGUAA